UGAGCGACACGAGAGAGCGAUGAUCAUUGGUGAGAUGGGCAAGGAGGGGUGGGACGUCAGAAUGUCCUUCCCGGUUGGACAAGAGAGCGUGGCUCACGCAAGCUUCAGAGACUCUUCCAAGUUCCGAAAUUGGAUGCGUUCAAUUAAUUUGGCAGAAAGGGAUUGAUGCACAAUUGCCAUUUAUAAGGAAAACAACGCGUUCAGAGGUGCUGGACAGAGCCACGAGGGGGUAAUGUCUGACAGCGGUGGUGCUGCCAACAGCAAUAGCUGGACUGUCCUCACAGCAGAGGAGACUGUUGCUGAGACACUGAGGCCUGUAGAGGAGAGAACAGAGCACCAUGAAGAUACACCCAGUCAUACUGCUGCAGAGAAACCUACAGGUACACCCAGUCAUACUGCUGCAGAGAAACCUACAGGUACACCCAGUCAUACUGCUGCAGAGAAACCUACAGAGAGUAGGCCUGGGGAGGAUGCAGUGUCUGCUGAAGAGUCUCACUCUGUGAAGCUACAGCAGGAGACCCAGGAAACACAACCAGAGAGAGAUAAGGAUUACACCCAUGACCUUCCCUUUGACCCUGUCCCUGACUCAACCCCUGCCCUUGACUCCUCUGCUAGUGUUGCUCCUCCGAGCUCUCUGUUAGAAGUCCCCGCCCCCACAGGGCUUGACCCAGAUACACACAGCCAAUCCAGAAGCCUCCCUGGGAACCCAGCCCCUCCCAUCUCUGACCCUGAUUCGUUCUCUGACUCCUACACCCACAUUAGCUCCUCCCCCGACCUUGAAGAGCCCCCUGCCUUGCUGCUCAACACUGAGCCACCGGAAGAGGUGGGGCUUGUACAGGAAGUGGAGGGGUAUAUACAGGAUGUGCAUCAUCAUUAUGAGGAGGGGCUUGGGCAGGAAGAGGAGGAGUCUGAUCUGUCUGAGGUCGGGGCCAAGACAGUGGUUCUACGUCCCCUCUUUCUCCCUGGGCCAGACUCUCAUCUGGAAGCAGAGGUGGUGGGGGAGGAGGAAGGGGUGUCAGGGGUGAGGAGGAGGAGGGGGUCUCUCCUGGCGGCUCUGGAGCGGAUCGGAAGGGAAGAGGAGGAGGAGGAGGAGGAUGAGUUCCGGAUUCCGCAGCAGAGGGAGCAAGAGGAGACUGGUUUCUCUCUCAACAAGUGCAUCCUAGGAGCUGUCAUACUGCUGGGCCUCGGAACCAUCUUCUUCUCAGGUGUCUUCAUGGACCUGGAUGGUGAGGGGGACUAUGAUGCCAGGGAGCUGAGAGAAACAGAGGUGGUGGGAAAACAGGAAUGGCUGAAUCCUGAGGUUCCUCUUCCACCACCUGUAGAUGUUGACAGUACAGACCAACUGAAUAAACUGGCUAAAGAAGACCCACGGAUAGCUGUACUGCAAGCCCAACUCCUGGCACAGAAAGAGGAGCUAAAAGUAGCCCAGAAGGAGGCGGAGGAUGGAGGGAAGGAGAGAAAGAAGAGGGAGGAGGUGGAGAAGGAGCACGGUAGGCUGAAGAAAGAGAUGACAUCGCUCCCUGUCCUUCAGAAGGAGAACGAGAGGAUGAAGAGAGAGCUGGAGUCUGUUCCUGUCUUACAGAAGGAUCUAGAGACACUCAGAGCCACAGUGACUGAACUAAAACACAGCACAGCCAAAGAAGCAGCUUCACCUCCAGUCUCUGCCUCUGUCCUGCCCCCCUCUGGCCAAGCUGGGGAUGACAGCCAGAACACAGCCGGAACGAUAGAGAGAGAGGGCAAGAAACCAGGGAAGGGAGAGAAAAAAGAGUUGAAGGAAGAGAAGACGGAUUGGAAUAAGGGAGGGAAGAAGGGUUAUAAGGUAGAAAAAGAGUGGAGAAGUGGAAAAUAUGACCAGGAGAAAGAAGGAAAAGAGGAGAAAGAGUGGAAGAAGAAAGAAGACAAGAAGGGAGAAUGGAAGAAAGAUAAAUCUAGCAGAGGGAAUGAGGGCAAACCAUGGAAGGACAGAGGAAACAAGAUGGAAUGGAAGGAGAAGAGUGAGAAAAAAGACUGGAAGGUGGAGAAAGAUUGGAAAAAGGAAAAACCUGAAAGAUGGAGUGAUAGCAAGGAGUGGAAAAAAAGCAAGGAUGAGAGGAAGGGAAAAGAGGAGAAAAAUCAAAAGAAAGGAGGUUGGGUUGAGUGGAAGGGAGAGAAGAAUGGAAAAGAGGACAAAAAUCAAAGAAAAGGAGGUUAUAAUAAGGGCAGGGAUGAGUGGAAGGGAGAGAAGGAGUGGAAGGGAGAGAAGAAUGGAAAAGAGGAGAAAAAUCUAAGAAAAGGAGGUUGGAAUAAGGGCAGGGAUGAGUGGAAGGGAGAGAAGGAGUGGAAGAAUGACAAGGAUGACUAUAAGGACCUUGGCAAAGGAUGGAAGGAGAGAGGAGAGAGAAAGGAGUGGAAGGAAGAGAAAGACUGGACAAAGAAAGACGGAAAGAAAGACGUCAGUAAAGAGUGGAAGAGUAAGGACAACAGGAGAGAAAAUGAGUGGUCUGAUGGAAAUAGAAAGAUGGAAGGAUUGAAGGAGGAGAGAAACGGAGGAAACUGGAAAAAGGACAGAGGGAAUGACAAGUACGAGAAGGACCACCACUACUCUCAGGAAGGGCAGAAAGAGAGGAGAAAGAGAGAAAAGGGCCCUCCCCAAACCCACCGCCGACCCCCCCUUGAGCAACCUGACUACUGGAGUCACCAGAGAGAACGACUGCAGCACAAACCCAACCCUCAAACCCACUGCAGUUCAGUGGAGGCCUGCGCCCAGGCAGAGGGGCUGCUCCCUGUCACCAUGCCGGAGUUUGAGGCCCUGCUCCUGGGUUACCUGGUCAAGGCAGAGAGGGUGGGGGUGGAGGCCUCCAAGAGGGAGGAGCUCAGUAAGCUAACCAAGGAGUUCUUCAGUGACGGAGUGUUCGUUCACGACCAGAUGAGCUUCAAGGACUUUGUGGAGGAUGUGGAUGACAUCUUAGAGGAUAUGGUGGAGGAUGAGGAGGUAGAGGAGGAGAUGGAUGACUUUGAGGAAGAGGCAAUGAACAGGUUUUCAGUUCCAGGGAGAGGAGAGAGGGAGAAGUGGAGGAAGGAGAGUGGGAGAGGACGGGUGUGAUGGAGUGAGAAAGAGAGUCAACACAUGUCAGGAGGAGCGGAAAGAUGGAGGUGGAGGAAAAUAGAUGGAUGUGCUACAAGGUAGAAUUUAGGAGGAGCAAUAUAUAUAUAUAUUACGACCACCGUUCAAAAGUUUGGGGUCAUUUAGAAAUGUCCUUGUUUUUGAAAGAAAAGCACUUUUUUUUUGUCCAUUAAAAUCAAAUUGAUCAGA